CCCAAACCCUCGCGAGGACUAUCGCGGCGCUCACGACUUCUGCCGGGUGUGGGGCACGGGAACUCCAUUUCCCAAAGUGCCCCGCGGGACCCUAGCUCCCAGAGCGCCGCGCGAGUGGUCUGAGAGUGGGGACUCCACUUCCCAGAGUGCCCCGCGCUGCCCGGCGCUUACCGGACCCGGACGCUGGGGCCUGCUCCGGGCGUCCGGGCAGCGGGUUUCGCCCGGAAGGCGGGCUUCUCCCGGACGGCUUCCCGGUGGGGACGGCGGCGCGAUGGACAGCCCUGAGGUUACGUUCACGCUGGCCUACCUGGUAUUUGCCGUGUGCUUCGUGUUCACUCCCACCGAGUUCCACUCGGCCGGGCUCACGGUGCAGAACCUGCUGUCGGGCUGGCUGGGCAGCGAGGACGCUGCCUUCGUGCCCUACCACCUGCGCCGCACGGCCGCCACGCUGCUGUGCCACUCGCUGCUGCCGCUUGGCUACUACGUGGGCAUGUGCUUCGCAGCCUCAGAAAAGCGGCUCUACUUUCCCAGCCAGGCCCCGGAGACCUGGCGGGUCUUCCUCCUGCUGGCGGUGCUGCUGCCCACCAUUGCCUGCACCCUUAUCUACUACUGGUCCCGGGACCAGUGGGCCCACCACCCCCUGGCCCGCACCCUGGCCCUCUAUGCCCUGCCGCAGUCAGGCUGGCGAGCUGUCGCUUCCUCCGUGAACACUGAGUUCCGGAGGAUUGACAAAUUUGCUACGGGGGCGCCGGGUGCCCGGGUGAUUGUGACGGACACAUGGGUGAUGAAGGUGACCACGUACUGUGUGCACGUGGCCCAGCAGCAGGAUGUGCACCUGACUGUGACGGAAUCCCAGCAGCAUGACCUCUCGCCAGACUCGAAUCUACCUGUGCAGCUGCUUACCAUCCGCGUAGCCAGCACCAGCCCUGCUGUGCAGGCCUUCGACAUCCGGCUGAACUCCACGGAGUACGGUGAGCUGUGUGAGAAACUCCGGGCACCCAUCCGCAGCGCGGCCAACGUUGUCAUCCACCAGAGCCUGGGCGACCUGUUCCUGGAGACAUUUGCCUCCCUGGUGGAGGUCAACCCGGCCUACUCAGUCCCCAGCAGCCAGGACCUGGAGGCGUGCAUCGGCUGCAUGCAGACACGUGCCAGCGUGAAGCUGGUGAAGACCUGCCAGGAGGCGGCGGAGGGCGAAUGCCAGCAGUGCUACUGCCGCCCCAUGUGGUGUCUCACCUGCAUGGGCAAGUGGUUCGCCAGCCGCCAGGAUCCGCAGCGCCCGGACACCUGGCUGGCCAGCCGAGUGCCCUGCCCCACCUGCCGUGCGCGCUUCUGCAUCUUGGAUGUGUGCGCUGUGCGCUAAGCCUGUCGGCCCUUCUGGGGAUACCACAGGCUCUCUUUUCCCAGCGUAGCAUCUCACCUGUUCCCCGAAGCUGCAGAGGGACCAGGGCUUUUGUUUUAAAAAGAAGUUUCCUGCUGAAGUUCUGUCUGCGGCGGUGGGACUGGUCUUCACUGCCUCUGCCUCCUCUCCGUUCCUCUGGGUAGGGGAAGGUGCUGGACACAGGACGUGCUAUCGGCUCCAUCUCCAGAGCCUUCUGGGGCCCCUAGCUGGGUUUUGGGAGACCCUGUGGUCUGCCCCAGAUGGCCCUAACCUGAGCCACUUGCCUUAAACUUAUGGGGCACAUAAAUUUUAACUGCUCUUUGGUGACAUGACAGACCCAAAUUUUUCCAGCAGAUUUUACUUUAGUCUAUUCUGCUCCUGUCCCCAAGCUGGCUGUGGCCCUGUUGUUUUGGCACCCUCUACUCCCCAUGGAGGACCUGGCACAGAGCCUGCUGAUGGAGGGGGAAACCUGGGGUUCUGUUCCAGGGUCUCCUGGUGGUUGCAACCAGCCAAGGGCCUGCUCCUAGGUGGGUGGCCCCUACCUGCUCCCUUUCCAGGGAUACCCUGGGCUUCCUAUCAGGGGCCGGGUGAGGGGCUCGCUGCUUACAGCUGCCAUUCCCUUAGUUGUGUGCUUAUGGGGGUUGCCUACCCCUUGAAGGGGCAUGUACCCACCCACGUGCCUUCUGUUGCUGCUGCAAGUCCGGGGAACAGGCCAAGUCUCAGGCUUCUGGUAGGGAAAACAUUGAAUUGAAGACCAAGCACCACAGCAGCAUUCUCUAUCCGGACAAGCCUACUGGGACUCAGCACAAGGCUGGCCAUAGCCCUGCAGGGUCCACCUGUUUCAGAAGGGGAUGUGCCCAGUGGUCAAGGCAGUGACAGCUGCCUUCCCACUUCCCAGUGGUGCAGGUGGGGAGCAGGGAGGGAACUGCCAGGCGCCAAAGUACAGCUCUCACAGAUGUGGCUAUUGGAGCAGCUCUGAGCCCCCUAAAAAAACGCUGGGAUUUGGGAGCGAGAUGGCCCAGCUUUGUGGUCCUCAGGGACGCUCACAGAUGGAGGCCGUCAGAGGGGCAGCCAGGAGCCAUGCCCAGCCUCAGCCCGGAGUUUCAAACCCUGGCAAGGGAGAGCCAGGCCUGCAGUUUUUUCUACAGAAGGAAGUUACUUAGUUUUAUAAAGGUAAAUCUAUUGUAGGGAAGUGAUACGCUAUUUAAUAAAAUGUUAGUAUGACCAUUA